CUUUAAUCACUUUCCCCGGCUAUCUCAGAUUCCAUGCCAAAGAAAGGGGUUAAAAAGAAACGGUUUCGACUAGCCCAGCCACAAGCUGAUUCUCAAGAGGUCGAUCAACAAGCAGAAAUGGCUUCGGGGUCGGUGAGUAGUGAACAGAAAGAGGUCAGCCUUGGUCAAAAAGAGGGUUUUGAUCAAGAGGUCGGUGAUUUAUCCGCUAGUAUUAAGAGGUUCUUCAUCUCGUCUGACUUCUCUGACUUGACCAUAUGCACAGCGGACCAAGAAUUCAAAGUCCAUCGACUGGUUGUCUGUGGGCAAUCUGCGUAUUUCUCCCGGUUGUUCAAGGCAAACUGGACGGAAUCCGUCGACAACAAGAUCCAACUCAGUAGCGAUGAUCCGCGCGCCGUAGAAGCAAUGAUCCAUUUCAUGUACGGAUUCGAGUACGACAGCAGCGGUAGCGACCUUGGUCGCGUUUCACCCAUGCUAUUCAAUAUCAAUGUAUAUCAAGUUGCCGAUAAGUUUGGGGUUCCACAGCUCAAGCAGAAGGCCAAAGACAAGUUCGAAACCAUCGCCAGGACAUGCUGGGAUAUGGACGACUAUCCUAUAGCCAUCUCGGAGGCAUACCAGCGUACUCACAAGGAAGACAGAGGCCUUCGCGAUAUUCUUGUGAGUAUUUCCCGUGAACAUAUUGACAAGCUGCUGGAGAAUGAAGAUUUUCGGACGGUACUCGAGGAGGCUCUGGGCUUCGCAGCCGACCUCGUUCAACAUUCAACGGAUCAUAACGAGGUCACGAAAUACCGCUGUCCAAGUUGUAAGCUUAAGUGGAUGCUGGAGUCUCCUGCUGGCUCAAACUAUAUGUGUCCAAAGUGUGGAUCGCAAUAUGGUUGGAAUAGCUACAUUGUCAAAGGUUGAUUUCCUAACCCAUAAGUGAACAUGAACAUCCAUUCCCUUGUUUGGCUUUAUGGACUAAAUCGUAUGUACGACAAUAAGCAAACUUGGAGGUUUUCCUACUGCAUUUCCAC